CUCUGGAUCACCGGCCAUGUUCUUCCCUCCUGCCUUCCUAGAUUCAUCAAGCUGCUGGAACACCAACCACAACCAGCUUCAGCUGCAGCAAAUCGGCAGUAACACUCAUAUCACCACUACUCUUUCACCUGCUGGUCAUGGAGAUGGAGGAGGCAACAACAGCAAUCACGAUGGGUUAAUGGCCACGGCCGGGGCCGGAUGGGGCGUCGGUGCUGAGGAUGGCGACAGAGGCAGCGGGAAUAGCAAGCGGAUGUCCAUGACCGAGCGGGCACGGCUGGCGCGGGUGCCGCGGCCGGUGCCGGGGCUCGAGUGCCCACGCUGCGAUUCCACCAACACCAAGUUUUGCUACUUCAACAACUACUCCCUCACUCAGCCUCGCCACUUCUGCCGCGCCUGCCGCCGCUACUGGACCCGUGGCGGCGCGCUCCGAAACGUGCCCAUCGGCGGCGGAUACUGCCGCCACGCCAAGCGCAGGGCCAAGCCCAAGACGGCGUCGCCCGCCUCCGAAGCCGUUGUGGAAGGGACGUCGUCCGCGACGUCAACGACGCCCAGCAGCACAUCUUGCGCCACCGGCACCAGAACCGCGCCGCCCGGCGUACAGUACUCCAGGUUCGGCAGCGGGUUCGCCGACAGCGUCGACCCGGCGAGCCUCGGCCUCAGCUUCCCCGCCAGGCUGCUCUUCGCGGACAGCAGCUCCCGCAGCGCCUACGCGGCGGACGGCUGCGCGCAGCAGCACCACCACCAGGCCCACGUGAACGGGAUGGAGCAGUGGGCGGCGGCGCAGAUGGACAGCGUCCCAAUCAUGCACGCCAUGGAUCAUCAGAUGUCCGGACCACCAACUGAGGCAAUGCCCAUCACAAUGGCGGCGAUGCAGGGCAUGUUCCACUUCCACCUCGGGCUACAGAUCGGUGGUGGGGGCAAUGGCGAUGACCGAGGAGGCCACCAGUUAGACCACCCGCCAGCCAAGAGAGACCAACAGCAGCAGCAUUACCCGAGCAGCAGAGGCAUGUACGAGAACGCGGUCAAUGGCAAUCGCAGCGGCAAUUAA